AUGUGCUUUUUGCCACUUGCUUCAUCAGUAGGAACAAUUGCAAAGAAAACAAAGUUGUGUGGCGAUGAAGCUUGUUCAGAGAAGUUAUUCGAAGGAAAGUUUCAUCGCUCAUCGUUAGCUACUCACGAGUCAUUCCUAUCGCCUAAUGAAAAUGAUAUUGUCAGCGUCUAUGCAAUUAAAUUCAGUGAUCGGACGGAUUUAAUGGAAGGCGCUCUUGUCCGUGAACCGGCAAGGAAAGGAAAUUUUUUCUCGAUGCAUAUUAAUCUCGACGACUACGUAGAAUUCUUAAAAAAUGCGGUUGUGUCCAAUAAAACAAUGUUUAUGAUCAGUAGAGAUCCGCGCGAUCAUCCUUCUCACAGAUUAGUCGGUAUCAAAGCAGCUCUACCAGAAUUAAUUAAAGAUUAUGAAGUGAAUGCCAAACGUCUUUCUGUUGAAAGACAGUUACCAGCAGAGCAAAUCGAUUACGCUUCAUUGGGAUACUUUCCCGACGCCCAAGGACACGGACAUUCACACAGCCAUUCACACGGUCAUAGACAUUCUCAUGAUCACGAACUUCAUCAUCAUGAACAUUAUCAUGGUCGUAACAUGCAUGCAGAUUCGCACGAGCAUAUCCGAACUGUGCAGCAUACACAUCAAUCUUCUGAAGCAACAGCAGUUUCAUCACUUCCCGCAGUUAAUGUCCCAAAAAAUGAACCGCAGGUGACACCUGAUGGGACGAUCGCUUCAGUCCAAAAACAAAAGAUAUCUCUUCUCGACUCUGAAUUCAAUGUCGUGCCAGAGAUUCCUGUACAACAAAAUAUAAUGCACGGAUCUGGUACUCCUGUCUUGCUGCCAGACGUGGAAUCAUCAAAUGUCAUUCCCAAUCUUCCUGAAACAGUAGUGCCUGGGCUUCCUUCAGAUGUAAAAGGAUCGUCAGCUACGCUGAAAAAUUUGCUUCCAUCUGAUAUUAGUUUUGCAGAGGAUGGUAAUCUUCCACAGACCGAUUCAUCGGAGAAAAAAAUAUCUGCAAGCAUUAUGAACGCGCAGUUGUUGUCCACCGAAUCACUUCAGCCAGUAUCCGUACAGCAGAUUAACAUCAAACCUCCUCAUCCGAAAGCUACGACUACUUCAGUUGGAGUUCUUGAAUCCACUCUCCCUCCCACUGUAUCACAAAUCAAUUUCUCUCUCCCUUCAGUUAAUCCAUCCUUACCAAAUGUUCCUUUUGAAGCCGAUGGCUCUAUACCAACCCCUCCCCCUCCUUCGGUAGCAAUGGUGUCAGAUGGAAUGCCACCAACAUCAUUAGAAUCUGUGCAUCCAGAUUCUGUGUACGUAUCUUCACCAUCAUCCCCUCCUCCAACAAAACACCAUAUUAUUGAAUCGGAGACAUCAUCUCCAAGUGGCACUGCAGCAAUCCUCGCAAAUCACGACGUUACGCCUAUGUCAACUUAUGCUGAACCAACAAUCGCCACCUUUCCUGCUCAACAGUUUGAUCCGGUUACAGUAUCAUCUGAGUUCGGUUCUGCAGUGAAAAUGGAGCAAAAGCUGGGAUCAUGGGAAAAAAGUACAGAAACAACGACAAUUAACUAUCAGCUUGAUUCACCAUCGUUUUCAUCUGUUUCCAUAAGUUCAUCAGUGACUGCAGAUAUCUCACAUUAUGAGCAGGAAGCACAAAGAAAUUCUAAUACAGAAAUAGAAACCGAGCGAAGAAGUGUCGAUGGACCUGUACAGACAGAGGAAGAAGUGAAGACAGAUAUUAUAGAAGAAGAUGGAUUAGGUUACUGCGUGAAAGGUGAAUGUGACAAGGUUUAUAAGACUGCUAUAAAUGAUGAAAAGUCAAAGAUGGAAUAUUUAUUUGUGAUUGGCAAGUGGAUCAGCAAAUUGAUUGGUAUUGUACGUUAUAUAUUACCAUCAUCAUUAAGUAAUAUUGACGAUGCAGGAGUUUUGGUAACAAUUUUCGUUCCCCUUUGUUUGUUGAUUCAUUUGCUACGGAUGCUAGUUUUUCCGGAUACUUCUGACAAGGAUAAUUUUGAUCGAAGAAUACUACAUAAUGCAUUUACAACCAUUAGACAACGUGAAGUUCAGAUAAAGUUGCUGCAUGCUGAAAUAGAGAAAGGAAGAAAUGCAUGGAAUACCGAAAUGGACGAGAAAUUCAGAAAUUUGCAGUUGGAAAUGAGUCAAUUGAAAACUAAGUGUCAUAUGCUUGAGGAAGAAAAUGAUAAUCUGAAAAUAGAAACGGAUGAAACGAGUCAAAUGAUUGGAAGGGAACGUUUGAAAUGCAAGGAUUUAACAGAACAAAAUAAAAAUCUUGAGGAGAAAAACGAGUUGUUAAUGAAACAAUCAUCCGAAUUACAUACCACCAUGGAAGUAUUGCAUGAAGAGAAUGAACGUUUGGUUAGUGAAGCUACCAAAAAAAAUGCACAUUUAAUGCGUCUUGAGUCGGAAGCAAAUUCAUAUUCUCUCGAAAUCAAAAAUUUAAAAGAUCAAUUGAAAACGUCCUUAUCAGAAAGCAAAAUGCUACGCAAACGGGUGGAAGAACUCCAAAAUGAAAUUGUUCAAUUGUCGGAAAUUAUAAAUGAAAUACGUAAUUCGGAAAAUGUUGAGCAGGACGGAUUAUCAGCUGCUGAGGUAGAAAAUGGUGGACAAGCACAAGAAAAUGUAAAUGGUGAAAGCGGUUGGUCAGAUUUUGAUGAAUUUGAUGUAGACAAUCCAACGACAGCGCAAGUACCAGAAAAACCGAAAAAAGAUCAUACUGUUACACGGAUUUCACCUGCUGAAAUUAUCGAAGUUGCAAAACUCAGAGUACAGUUAAAGACUGUUGAAGCAGAUUUGGAUCAGGCGAAAUUGACACUGCAAAAGGAGUUAAAUGAGCGGGAUCAUUUGAUGCGUAAAGUUGAAUUUGCCGAAACAGAAGCGGCGAAACGACUGAAGGAAGUGGAAGCAAAGGAGGCUGAAAGGAUUGAAGCGCAGAAUCAAUUCAAAAGAAUUCUAGGAAUGGUCGAAGAACGAGAAGCAAAAUUACGAAGUGCAGAAGACCUAACAGAAAGGCUCCGUAAUGAGGUGAUGAAAUGGCAAGAAGAAGUAAGACGACUGGAAGAUCAAAAAAAAGCAGUGGAAUUUAAAUUAUUGGAAACUGAUCAAGAAUUAAAACGUUUAAAGGCAGAAUAUGCUAAGUUGGAAACACGUACUUUCCAUGAAAUACGUCAAUGUAAGCAAACGAUAGCAGUUUUGCAACAGCAGUCACAGGAGCAAAUACAUCUGUCAAAUCCAACAUCAAAUAUGCUUGAUAAUGCUAAUGUAUUGAAUAUCUCGGCAUCAUCAUCAGAUCGUGAUUAUGGUGCAUCACUCAGCGGUGGUGGUCUAGUUGCACCACCAUUAUUAUCCCAUAUACGACCUUUAUGGGAUGACGAGCCACCUGAGAUUUUUUCUCAUGGUGAAUCAUCGCUGUUAAAAAAGAUAGACCCUUUACUAGAUGGUGCGACAGUAGAAAAUAGUAAUAUGAGCCAUAACCGAGGAUCAAAGCAACGACGAAGUAUUAGGGAGCAAGAACAAAAUAUUGGUGUAAAGGUGGAUGGUGCACAGUCACGCCAUAAGAAGGAAAGUAGGAGGAUGCGUUCGCGCUCUCAUGGUCGACAUCCGUUUCAUACGGAUUAUUUUCCAAUGUUAAAUAUGCCUGGAUAUCCAGAAUCUUCUGUAGAUUUUUGUGCAGGCACAAUUCUCAACAAGCAAAAUAGCAAAAGUGGUAUUUUGUACUAUUCCUCCGGUGGUUCAAAUGAUGGUCGUUCUCCUCCUCCAGAAAUGGCACUGCUUUCAGGCAUCCCACCUCCGGGCCCAAUGAUUAAAAAACCAACGCCACGACCAAAAAGUACUACCGAACCAUUGGAAAGGCGCUAA